GGAGAGCUAGACUGUGAAGGCUCCUCAUCUCUUUGACGUCUUUGCUCCUCUGACACUCUGGCACCAGCUCCCACCAUGACCCAACGGUCCUCUGUCACCAUCAAGUCCGGGGGCACCCGGAACUUCAGCGCUUCCUCAGCCAGCCUCCUCUCAGGCUGCCGGCCCAGCUUCAGCUCUUUCUCCGUGUCCCAGGGCGGGAAGAGCUUCGGAGGUGGCUUUGGGGGCGGCUUUGGGACCAGGAGUCUCCACAACCUUGGGGGUAGCAAGAGAAUCUCCGUCAGCGGGAGCUACCACUCCAGCCGUGCCGGCUUUGGUGGAGCUGGCUAUGGGCUGGGUCUUGGGGGCACAGGGUACCGAGUCGGGGGAGCCUGCAGUGGGUUUGGAUUUGGAAGUGGGAUGAUGUCUGGCGCUGGGGGCAUCCAGGAGGUCACCGUCAACCAGAGCCUCCUGACCCCCCUCCACCUGGAGAUCGACCCGUCUCUCCAGCGGGUGCGGAAGGAGGAGCGGGAGCAGAUCAAGACUCUCAACAACAAGUUCGCCUCCUUUAUCGACAAGGUGCGGUUCCUGGAGCAGCAGAACAAGGUCCUGGAGACCAAAUGGAGCCUCCUGCAGGAGCAAAAGACCACCAGGGCCAACAUCGAGCCCAUGUUUGAAGCCUACAUCAGCAACCUGAGGCGGCAGCUGGAGGGGCUGGGCGGAGAGCGGGGGAGGCUCGAGACGGAGCUGAAGAGCAUGCAGGACGUGGUGGAGGACUUCAAGAACAAGUACGAAGAAGAGAUCAACAGGCGCACAGCGGCCGAGAACGAGUUCGUGGUGCUCAAAAAGGACGUGGACGCCGCCUAUAUGAACAAGGUGGAGCUGGAGGCCAAGGUGGACGCCCUAAUGGACGAGAUCAACUUCCUGAGGGCUUUCUAUGACGCGGAGCUGGCUCAGCUUCAGGCCCAGAUCUCCGAGACCUCCGUGGUCCUCUCCAUGGACAACAACCGCAAGCUGGACCUGGACAGCAUCAUCGCCGAGGUCAAAGCCCAGUACGAGGACAUUGCCAAUCGCAGCCGGGCGGAGGCUGAGUCCUGGUACCAGAUCAAGUACGAGGAGCUGCAGCAGUCCGCUGGUCGGCACGGGGACGACCUCCGCACCACCAAGAUGGAGAUCUCCGAGCUGAACCGGAUGAUACAGAGGCUGCGUUCUGAGAUCGAUAACCUGAAGAAGCAGUGUGCCACGCUCCAGGCCGCCAUCAGUGAUGCCGAGCAGCGUGGGGAGCUGGCCCUCAAGGACGCCAAGCACAAGCUGACCGAGCUGGAGGACGCCCUGCAGAAGGCCAAGCAGGACAUGGCGCGGCAACUGCGCGAGUACCAGGAGCUCAUGAACGUCAAGCUGGCCCUGGACAUCGAGAUCGCCACCUACCGCAAGCUGCUGGAGGGCGAGGAGUGCAGACUCACUGGGGAAGGCGUCGGACCCGUGAACAUCUCCGUGGUCUCCUCCUCCGGGGGCACAGGCUACAGCGGGGGCGGCGGCCUCUGUGUGGGCGGGAGCGGCUAUGGCGCUGGCUUCAGCUCCACCAGUGGCCGCAGCAUGGGCGGCAGCACCUCCAGCAUGCGCAUCAUCUCCAAGACUUCGACCAAGAGGAGUUAUAGGAGCUAAAGGCCCCACCCUCGCCUCGGCUGCCUCCCCGCUCAGGCCCCAGCUCCCAGCCCUAGGGCCUGCCGCUUUGCUGACCCGCCCCCCACGCACAAUCAAUAGCAGAAGGCACGGGGAGCAGGGAAGUGGCCUGUGAGUUCUCAGGUCACCUCGUCCAUCGCUCUGCCUCCAGACAGGUCCCCACAAAGGUACCCCACUCGCUCCUCAUCCCAGACCCUCCAGGGUCCACAGGCAUCCAUUCCAACUAACACUGCCUCGAUUGCUCUGUGCCAAGACCAGGGCAAGGACUUGGCCCUUCCAGAGCGUGGGUGCAGUGGCCUUCCUCUCUCUGUCUGACCCCCAUCCACUGCGGCCAGAGUGCUUCACUGGGGGGUGGGGGGUUAGAACAGACCUGGUGCCCCCAAAGAAGUAGGCGCAGUCUGCGCCGGAGCCUCCACCUGUGCGGCUUCUCACGCAGACAGAACGCUUUCCUACAGGUCGCUCAGGCCAGGGAAUGUUGCAAACCCUGCCUCCAUAUUGCCUCCUCACCUCCUUCUUUGUGUCCUCACCCGGGCCCCCAGCCACUUCCCCUGUCACCUCCCACCAGCAGAAUAUUUGAUGAGAAAUCAACGCCCUUCAAAAUAGGACCAACUCGAUGACUCAGACUGGAAUGGAAUAAUUUUAUCAAGAACUCGAACGUUCUCCAUGGCCUGGGGCUGCGUUAGCUGAUAGUUCAUAGCCAAAUUCCUUCCAAACUGGCCCCAUUUAAGCCAACAUUAGAAUUACUGUCCCAAACCAAAAUUCCCAUGAGGAAAGGAGGCCACGUGAGGGCGUGUGGACGGCUGCUCUGCACCAGACGCCUGCAGCAGAGGCACCAGGAAAAGGACCCCCCUUAGCCUGUGUUAGGACCCCGUGGGAGAGUUCUCCUGCAAAGUAAUCAAGGCUCAGGACCUGUUUUCUUUCCUCUGCAGUAGCCACGUCUCUCUUCUGGAAAGUCCCUUUCGUCUCUACCUCCUUGUCCUCCUCUACCACCCAGCGUCCACUCGCAGCCCCUCUCCUUGCCUUUAUUUCUCGCCUUUCCCUCUUCCUUUUCUUCCUCUCCCACUCAUCUGUUUGGCAAUGUUAUUUCCUGCUCUCUCUCCUGACCUUUCUUUUUCGAUCUGCCUGUCUCUGAAAUGUCCGCGGUUUGGAUUUGCCCAUCCCCACCAGCCCUAGCCAGAACCGAAACUCUUGAAGGCAGUCCACCGGACUCCCUGCCCCACAGGGAGCCAACUGGGAAGAGGGGCGCUAUCUGUUCCUCGCACAGAGCGGACGCGUUGCUCAGCCCCGUGAAGGAAGCAGAGGUGGGGGUGUAAUAGGAGAGUGGGGUAGGCCGGAGACCUUUGUGAGGCUGGCAUUCACGGGGUGAUUUCCUUACUUAGUCUGAAGAGUUAGAAACCCUCAAAACACCUGCCAGGCAUCAAGAUCAGAAUGCGUGCCAAGGGCAAGUAGAGACUGGCGCCAUGCUGCUGACGUGAGGACAGGAAGUUCACUGCUUCAGAAAAAUGUCCCUCCCAUGUGGCUCUGAUCGUUUCAAACCCUCCUGAACUGCCCGCUCCCUGUGCCUGCCUGUUUCCUGAAAUAGCUUCAAUAAAAUGUCACCGAGCUUUCUGGGUCUUGGCUGCGUCUGUCCUGCCUCACCCUC